AUGGCUCCGCCGCCCCGCUACGCGCUGGAGCUGCCGGGCGGCGCCCUGCUGCACUUCGCCGUGGGGGGCGCGGGGGGCGCGGGGGAGGCGGGCGCCCCCGCUGCGCGCCCCGACCCCCGCCUGGCCGCGUGGCUGGGGCCCCCGGGACGCAGCUACUCGCUGUGCGCGCCCGCGGGCGCCGGCGGGGAGCGGGUGCGGGCGGCCCGGCGGCUCCAGCGCCUGCGCGGGCAGCUGCAGCGCGCGCCCUUCCGAGGCUGCCAGCUGCGCCCGCUGCUGGGCUACGGCCCCGGCCCCGGCCCCGGCGGCGGCGGCCUGCAGCCCGGCUUCCUGCUGCGGGACCCCCGGGGCGGCGCCGACACCCGCCGCGCCCUGCGGGACCUGGUGGGCGCCUGCCCGGAGCCCGGGCGCCCGCACCUGGGCGAGUUCGAGGCGGACGCGCGGGGCGCCCUGUGGCAGCGGCUCUGGGCGCCCCCGGGCGGCGGGCCGGCGCGGGGGGCCCGCUCGCCGGUCCUGCCCGUCCCGGAGCCUCCGCCGCUGCACCCGGCCGUGCCCGACCUGCACCGCUCGGUGGUCUUCCGGGACCGGGACGCCGCCAGCGCCGUGCUGCGGGAGUGCACUUCCUUCAUCCCGGAAGCCCAGGCAGUGCUAGACCUGGUUGACCAGUGCCCGAGGCAGGUCCGGAAAGGAAAGUUCCAGGUCAUUGCCAUUGAAGGACUGGAUGCCACAGGUAAAACCACAGUGACGCAGUCGGUCUCCGCGUCCCUCAAUGCCGUCCUCUUGCAGUCGCCGCCCCCGUGCAUCAGGCAGUGGAGGCAAAUCUUUGAUGAAGAGCCACCCAUCAUAAGAAGAGCAUUUUACUCUUUGGGCAAUUACCUUGUAGCUUCUGAAAUAGCCAAAGAAUCCAUCGUGGGUCCUGUGAUUGUAGACAGGUACUGGCACAGCACGGCCGCCUACGCCAUCGCCGCGGAGCUGAGCGGGGGCCCGCAGCACCUGCCCCCGGCCCGUCACCCCGUGUACCAGUGGCCGGGGGACCUGCUCAAGCCCGACCUGGUCCUCCUGCUCACCGUGAGCCCCGAGGAGAGGGUGCAGAGGCUGCGGGGCCGAGGCCUGGAGCAGACCCGGGAGGAGGCGGAGCUCGAGGCCAACAGCAUCUUCCGUCAGAAGGUGCAGCAGGCCUACCAGCGGAUGGAGAACCCGAGCUGCCUGGCGGUGGACGCCAGCCCCUCCAGGGAGGAGGUCCUGCAGACGGUUCUACAGCGGAUCCGAACCCCCGCCGAUUAGCCGCAGCCGCCGGGACGGACGCCCGCCCGCGUCCUCUCAGCCAGCCGUCCGCCGUGCCGCUCCCCUCCCCGUCCGUCCUCCCCGCCCGCCCUCCGCAGGGAGGGAUCCGGAGCCCCGGUGUCUUCAUGUCACUCCCUCCCCCCCCCCCGGGGGCCGUCCCCCCGUGGCUUCUGCCCCAGCCCCGUGGACCACCUCCUUGGAACGGGUCUCCGGUGUCAUGACAACCGAAAGCAUCCAGCGUCCUGGUCCUGAGGCGGUCGGGAAGACCUCCCGGCCCGGGGGAGAGCCCUCCCUCCACCCCGGAUGCAGGGUGGGGAGGCCAUUCCCGCAGAGCCACCGGUGCUGGGGACGGCGGACACGGAAGCCGCUGCCCCGGCGUCUGAGGCUCGGGCUCUUGAGCGCGCAAGCGCAGGGCCGCCUCUCCCUCCGCUCCGCUGUUCCCACCCCACCCCUCUCCUCAGCGCUACAGCUCCGGAUGCAACCAGCCGUUUGCACUGAACUCAGCCAAUCCAGCCAUUUAUUUAUGUUGAUGUUUACAUCGCGCGUUUCCGCAGUGUAGGAGCGAUGAGUCACUAAUUAAAACCGAAGCCAAGAUGCUAAGUGCGGUGUUUGUGGUGUGUUUUCAUUACACGCAUUUGCUUUCUCUUACUCAAUAAGCACAGUAGAUCCGAGAAUGGGAUUUUUUUUUUUACGAAAGUAUCUUGAACUUGAAUAAGUCUUAUGAUUACAUAUGAAAUUGGCUCUGAGAUUUGUUUGACUAGAGUAAAGUAACUGAGAAAGGGGAAAUUUA